UUUUUAAUUAUAAUUGACAAUUUAGUUGGACUAAUACUAAAUCAUAAGAAAUCAUUAUUGCAAUGUAAUUAUGUAAACGACGGAGGUGACACCCAAACGACGCUAACCCGACAAACCAAAGAUUAUUAACAUCUGCUAGGCACGCCCGCUCCCCACUACAAGCCGAAGGCCACAACCGAUUACCUUAUAGCGGUAUAGCCUAUAGAGAGUGAGCUGUGAAAUUCUCUGCCUUUGGAACCCAAAAGAGAGCAAGCAAGCAAGUUUGCAAGCCAAUCAUGGAAGUGGAGGGAUCAUCGAAGCCAAUGAUAGCGACGCAGGCAGAGAUGGUGGAGGCGAGGGUCCCCAUCUCCUACAGAGACCAAUGCGCCCAUCUGCUGAUCCCGCUCAACAAGUGCCGCCAGGCCGAGUUUUAUCUUCCGUGGAAGUGCGAGAAUGAGCGUCACGUUUACGAGAAGUGCGAGUACGAGCUUGUCAUGGAGAGAAUGCUCAAGAUGCAGAAGAUCCGCGAAGAGGAGGCCAAACUCAAACAAGCCCAGAAGCAGGGAAGCCACAUACCUCUCAUCCCCAAAACUGCCAAUGCCUAGAUGCUGCAACACAUCAAGAUCUUUCCCUCUUUUUCUUCUUUUGUGCUUUCAAAAUUUGCUAAGAGAUGGAUCUUCCAGCGUCCCUGACAACCUGUUGGUGGGAACUGGGAAGUAAUUUGGGACUGUUUAUCCGGAGACGUAUGUAACAGACUCGUCAUACUUUGUUGGUGUUUCAUCAGUUGUGCAACCUUGCUCAAGUUUAUGGAAUAAAUUCCUUACUGCCACUGAUAUUCUUUGUUUUAUAAUCAUUUAAUGAGAUAUAAAUUUGGCCA